AUGGAGAGACGGCUGCAGAAGCUGUUCUCCGGCCUCACUUUGGGCGACCGCUCGCCGUCUMRGCUUCUUCGCCACAUGCGCCACCUCGCCGGCGACAACGUCAGUGACGACGCCAUCAAGGUCCGGUGGUUCGACCUCCUGCCUCCGCAAAUCUCCCAGUUGCUGCGGCUCCUGCAGACCAUGGACCUGGACGAGCUCGCCGCCAGGGUCGACGGCGUCUACGAGGUCGUGCCGGGCGUCUGUGCCACCCGACGGGGAUGCCAUCUCUCUCCGCCAGGCACCGCCCUUCCCAGGCCUCCACCUCAGCGGGAUAACGUGGACAAGGAACACACGGCGAUGCACGCGAUGCUCGCCAACCUGAUCAUCUCCAACAACCGGAUGGCCGAUCAACUCCACCAGCUUACCGUCACCCCUUGCUGGGGCGCCGCGCCAGCAAGAUCACCCUGGUGUCGCUACCAUCAGAAAUUCCAGGAGAGGGCCCUGAAUUGCACUCCACCGUGCAGCUACCAACAGGACAGGGCGUUAAACGAGUAG